CACAAUGGAUAAAGGACACACAUCAACCAUAGAAGGCAGUAUAGUCGAGAUCGCACAAUCAUAUAAUAACAUCUAUCCAAUAUAUGUAUAUACAAUACAAAUCAACUCGAGUAAACAGUAAAAUGUAAUUUAUUAAGGUCUUCUAUGAAGCAUAAUUCUAGAAGGGUACCUCUUUUUGGGUACCUUCCUCUACAUUAUGUGCUAUAUAGAAGAUUAACACACCCAUUUUGAUAUUUUAUAAAGGGGCAACUAAAACUGAUUUGUAUUUGGCUGUGAAAUUGCGUAAAACAUCAUGUUUUAGCACUAUACAAAUACAGAAUAUGUCUCAGUACCUUUGCAGAAUGCAUCUUUGGUCGCACUGGUCGCGCCAUUAUACCAGGAAUAUUACUGUACAAGGAAAAGCAACUGCUGCAUAUUCAGUGAUUGAGAACCAGUUUAGUAGAAAUGUCGCAUAUUCCCCGCGUGAGAUAGAUGAAACGUGCCAACCACGUCAGGACAAACUUACAAAACGGGUUGACUAUCUUCCACCGAACAAUUUCGCAAAUAAACAUAUAAAUUCUGACUUGUUGAAUGCACCUUUGCUACAUUCAUCAGACAGCCAAUGCGUAAAUGUAUGUACAUCAAAUUACCUGCAGGUUUUAAAUGCCAGUCGUGAACAUGGAAAUCGCACAAAAUCAGUAUUAAAAAACGAAAAUGAACAUUUAAACCAUUCAUCAGUCUUGGAAAUGGAUUAUGAAAUCAGUGGCAACCACGCUUAUUUUGAAUUGUAUUUAUCGCAGUGUGGGUCAAAAACAGAAAGUAAACAUACGGAAAAACGCCUUUAUUUAGCGCGUUCACGUUUACCGAACAAUAGACGGCUAAAUUCAAAACGCCGUAUUCAUGGACAAUUAAGUGAAGAUCAACUAGGUAACAUGGCGACCAGUGUUACUCGAAUAUAUGAAAUGGAAAAUGACAACAUAGAUAAACAUAAUAUUCAAAGCAUCCACUCCAUGCGCAUAUGUUCGGUUGGUGAUACCGCAUAUAUUGCUUUGAUUGAAAAUUUGUCACCACGUGGCAAAAUGUUAAAAUUCAUUCGUGUAGCCGGGAACAAAUACAGGCGGGGGAGGACAAAUACAUCCUUAUCUACAAUCAAAACGUUCAGUUCCACCAUAUAUCCGAUUGACAAUAUGCACUUUUUGUUACACGGCACUAGCAAAGAUAUGAAAUUUUGCCGAUUUUUUUACACCCUGUUGGAUCCUAUGGAACGUGCAUGGCAGGUUAGGAUGGCGUACAUCUGUGGAACUACCGGUAACAUCACAAAUGAUAGGCCAAUAUAUACAGAAAAGAAAAACGAUAGGUUUGUGUCGAUUAAUGCAUCAAAAGAUGGUCGUAUCCUAUUUAUAGCUUCAGGAUCACACCAUGGGACACAUGACGUCUACUGUAUUAAACAGGAGAAGACAACACGACUGUAUAGGUUACACCAACCACUUACUGAGAGAUUAUUUCUAGAGCAUCGAAGGGGUUGCAUAUAUUGUAUAUAUGAAGACAGGCAACACCAUGUCGAAAUAAACAGAUAUAUGUUGGAUCAACAUGAUCUGGAUUAUAGUAUAGAUUUUAGUGGCGUUCCAAAGACUAUCAUCAACAUUCCCCGCAAAAAUGGAGUAAGAUACUCAAUCUCUACGCUACCAUCAAAAACACUGAAGCAUGUAUGUAGGCGUUGGAAAAAGUCGGGGCUAGGAAUAGCUCAGUCAGAUAGCGGAUCAACUCACCGACGAUACGUGUGGUUUAAACUGAAUCAAAUCAACGAAGCUAUAGUGACGGAUAUCGAUAUGACAUGCAAUGCACUGGUCUUGUAUCUAUCAAUUCCACCGUCGAAACCGAUGGUAGCGACAUUGCGCUUUGCACGGAAAGGACGUCGCCGGGAAUACAGGACAGCAGAAAGUGCAAUGUACAACCUGAAUAUUCCAGUUGGAGUUGGAGUGAUUGAACCUCGUGGCAACACUAAUUUUUAUGGGACCUAUGUGAGAUUUAUUAUUCGUACACCAGGUUCUGGUGAUAUACACUGUUACGUGGAUCUCGCUAACGACCAUAAUAUUGGAACAGAAAAAAAUAAUAGCGGGAUGAAUGAGCAUUUGGAUGGCAGUAAUAAUAUCUGCUCUAAAGUGAAACUACAUAAACCCAUUCCUCCACAAGUCUUCUGUUCCGCGUUAAACAGGCAUCUUCCUUUACACUCCACCCAUUAUAUAGAUAGUCGAGAUGGCUCAUGUAAGAUACCCAUUACGUUGGUAAGAUUUGGCAGUGAUACUACCAAUGACGUGAACGCUGCGUUCCGGAACCCACGAAACAAAUGCGUCGUUUAUUUUUAUGGAGCGUACGGCCACAAUUUGGCAGUUGACAAUGAUUUAGAACACAAUAUCUUGUUGCAGAUGGGAUAUACUUUAUGCUUUGCUCACGUUAGAGGUGGAGGCGAGCUUGGCCAUAUAUGGCACUCAGGGGCUGUAAAAUCUUUUAAGUAUAAAGGGGUUUAUGAUUUAAUUGACGUAAUUGAGUUUCUGAUCGCAAACAAUAUGGCCCAGCGCAGUAGCAUCGCCCUCUCGAGUACGUCAGCCGGGGCUAUUUUGGCUGCCUGCGUAUACAACAUGCGCCCUGAUCUAUGCAAUUGCAUAUCGCUGAAACUACCAUUCUUAGAUGUGUUUGGAUCCAUACAUGAUACUAAUGAACCAUUGAGUAGUUUGGAGAAGGAAGAAUUUGGGAACGAAUCUAACGUGGAAUGUGUAUACUCGUACAGCCCAUGCGAUAAUACGGGUGAACCAGGCCACUUAAAGCCUUCCUUAAUAAUCCAAUGUAACAGCGAUGACACCAGGGCCCCUUUGCGGCAUACUGUAUCAUAUAUUAGACAACAUAGAACCAAUUGGGACAGAACAUUUUUGAGAAUUUCAUCAGGUGGUCAUACUGAUGGGAAUACUGCAGAGGAACAUGAACAAUGGAUUACUGAAAGAAUUUCCAUCAUGGAAAAUCUUUUGGAAGGUUAUGUCGCCUAGUUCUUUAACCUUUGGACUAUGGAAUCACAAGUUGUUGUGUUGCAACAGGAAAACUGGAAAGAAGUAAGAAACU